CCGGUUUUGAAGCGGGCCUCGAUGACCUUCCUAUGCAGCGCGGUCUGCGGAGUAUUUGUAGUCGCAGAUUUGGCCUCACUUGAGUCGAAGGUGAGGGUCUCCGCUCCAAUCCACGACGGCUAACUCUGUUGGUGCCUUUCUUGUGUUCGAUGAAAGGUGGAAGCUUUGCGACUGGGUGGCGGAGACAAGAUGAAGUUUUGCAAGAGAUACGAGGACUACAUGCGGGGGAGGAGGGAGAAGGAGCUGCCUGCCCUUGGAUUGAAGCAGCUAAAGAAAAUAUUGAAGAGGUGUGGGAGAGAAUUCCAGUCCCAGCAUCAGAAGCAAGAUGAUGGAGGAGGGAGCAAAUUUGCCGGCAAUUGUGCAGUUUGUGAUGGCACUUUCUUCCCCUCCCUACACAAGGAGAUGUCAGCUGUUGUUGUUUGCUUUAAUCAACAUGCUCAGAAGCUACUUAAAUUGCAUUUAGCAUCAGGCUUUCGGAAGCUUAUUAUGUGGCUCAGAGGCAAGUCUCCGAAGAAUGAUGGAGCAUUGAUACAAGAAGGGAAGGACCUCGUUGCAUAUGCUAUCAUAAACUCCAUUGCCAUGAGAAAAAUACUGAAGAAGUAUGACAAGGUUCAUUGCUCGAAGCAAGGGCAGGCAUUCAGAUCCAAAGCACCCAGUAUGCAUAUCGAGAUCCUCCAAUCACCAUGGCUGUGUGAGCUAAUGGCCUUUUACAUUAACUUGAGGCAAAGCAAACUUAAGAACGAAGCCAUCACCGAACUAUAUAAUGACUGCUCGCUUACAUGUGAUGAUGAUGGCAAACCAACACUUUCAUGUGGCCUCUUUGAUUCUAUGCAGAUUGAAAUCGACUUGACGUGUUCGAUUUGUUUGAACACCGUCUUCGAUCCUGUUGCUCUCACUUGUGGCCAUCUAUUCUGCUACAUGUGUUGUUGUGCUGCUGCAUCGAUAACGAUAGUUGAUGGUUUAAAGGCAGCAGACCCUAAAACAAAAUGUCCUCUUUGUCGACAGGAAGGAGUAAAUGCUGGUGCAAUGCAUUUAGUUGAGUUAAACAUCUUGCUCAGUCAAAGCUGCCCUGAAUACUGGGAGAAGCGAUGCCAGACUGAGAGAGUAGAACGCGUUCGUCAGGCAAAGGAGCAUUGGCAAUCUCUGUGUCGAGAAUUCAUGGCUUUGGCCCUGACUCUAAGGUUAGCAUGAUGCACAUAAGACUGGAGCUUCUUGAGUAAGGGAAGAGGGGAUGUGGAAAUGGCCAUUUUCUCGAGUGCCUUUUCAGCUUCUUCACAGACGAAUCGCUUGUCUUGAGAU